GUUUUGCAUCGAUUCAUUUUACAAGCACGUGAACAACCGUUGACCAAAAUUGUUCUCGAUGAUCAAGCGAUCAAUCGAUCAACGAUCUUAAGCAAAAAUCAAGAUGUAAACAGUCACUUAUAUUGUCCGCAUGAUUUGACCGGUAGCACCGAUUUUCGUGACGACUUACCAACAUUACUUGGUAAUAACGAUUCAUUGAAUAUUCUGCCCGAAUCGGUGCUCAACAAACUCAAACUCAACGGACCAACAAUCAAUGUAUUCCAUACGUCAAGCCGCAUCGAAAAGAAAACGGUCAAUGGUACACAGGUUAAAUUUUUCAGUCCGUAUUCACGUUACUUGGCCGUUUUACCAUUUGCUGAACAGGAACGCUUGGCUGAAACAGCCCGAAAAGCCGAAGAAAAUCGCAAACGUAAACUAUGCCCUGAUAGUAUCAUCGAUACUCCAAAGCCACAAAAAUCGGUUGUGAAUGCUGAAGAGGAGGUGCACCGAGGACCAUUAAGAGAUUUGGAUAAGAAACCCAAAGUCGAACCAUCUUCACCUAGCACAGCACCACCAGCGAAGAAACGUCGAGUCGAUGCUGAAGCCGAAGAUCCGAUCGACGCUAAAUUAAGCCAAAUCCGGAGGAUUAUGGAUCAAACCGAACCCAAGUCAACCUUGGAAAAAACAAAUGCCAAGACACCAUCGAAGAAAAACAAAAAUAAAAACAAGAAUAAAAACAAAACACCACAACAGAAUUCUCCGGAAAGCAAAGGGCCCGAUUUUGACUAUUCGAGCGUUGAUUUUAAGAAGUUCGGUGGUGGUUCGAUUGUAGAGCAGAAGAACGAAAUCAAAAUGAAAUUCCACGGAAAGGGCAAAAAUAACAAGGCAAACAAGCGAUUCUUGAACAUGCUGUCCAAGAAUACGAAAAAUAAGAAGUAAAAUAUAAUUUUUAUAAUCGAGCGAAAUAUUAAUUUUUCUGUUAAAAUAAGUGCGAAUGAAAAAUAAAUGAUUAAGAAUUUUAAAAGAAAAAA